AUGAAGUUAGAUACUUCCCAUAUGCGGUAUCUCACCGCGGACGAUUGGAAGGUUCUCCAGGGAGUCGAAGUUGGUUCUCGAAGCCAUGAACUUGUUCCCACUACUAUGAUACAUCAGUACGGUGGUCUCCGUGCUCCCCUGGGUACCAACCGAGCCAUCGGUGAUUUGGCCAAAUUAAAGCUCAUCAACCGAUUACGGAAUGCUAAAUACGAUGGCUUUCGACUUACCUACAAUGGAUACGACUACCUUGCUCUCAAGCUGUUUCUCAAUCGUAAUCUGAUUUAUUCAGUGGGUACAACUAUUGGUGUGGGGAAAGAGCUGGAUAUUUACUCCGUUUCCGAUGAAAAGGGUAAGCAAAUGGUGUUAAAGAUCCAUCGUUUGGGUCGUACUUCUUUCAAAACCGUUAAAAAUAAUCGUGACUACCUCCGCAAUAAUCAAUAUCUGCUGCUGUGGAUGUUUUUGAGUCGGCUAGCCGCUGAGAAGGAAUACCAGUUUAUGACAAUCUUAUACACCAACGGGUUCAACGUCCCCAAACCACAUGAUCAACUGAGACACAUGGUGGUGAUGGAAUGGAUCGACGGAAUGUGUAUGAAGCAUAUGAAGACCCACCCCAACCCGAAGAAAUUGUAUCUGGAGCUCAUGAAGUUUAUUGUCAAGCUUGCUAAUUACGGUUUGAUUCAUUGUGACUUCAAUGAGUUUAACAUCAUAGUGCUUAACAAGCCUGAACCGGGCAAGCCUGAAUUCAUCGUCAUCGACUUCCCUCAAUGUGUGUCUAUCGACCAUCCUGAUGCCAGAGCAUACUUCGAUCGAGACGUUGAGGGCGUCCGCAAGUUCUUCGAAAAGAAGUUCCGCUACGUCCCUGAACAUGAUCCUACCAUGUUGGAUACUGACGGUUAUGGUGAAGGUUACAAAUACGCUUACCCCAACUUUGCUCGUGACGUCAACAGAGUUGCCAAGUUGGAUGAAGAAGUGAAAGCUCUGGGAUAUCAGAAGAAGUUAACGGGUAAACGUGAAGACCGUGAUGUUGAAAAGGCUUUCGCUGCCAUGAGACUCCGUGGCGAUGAAGAUUUGUCUGAUUUCAGCGAAGCCGAUGACGACGACGAAGAGGAAGAGGAAUCCGAUGAUGAAGACACUGAGGAAGAAUGGGAAGAGGAAGAAAAAGACUUGAACGAGGAGAACCAAAAGAUUGUUGAAGCUUUGACGCAAGGGAAACAGCUCAAAAUGGAUAAAUUGGGGAACUACAUUCUAGAAGAAUAG